AUGGGACUUUUCAUGAGCAUUGAACCUUGUGAUGACUUCCCAUGCGGCGGCUACCUCUCUUGCACGCCACCGGUGCCCUUCAUUUACAAUUUGAUCCUACUCGACUCAUGUGACUGCGAAAUUACACGCAUUGCUAUCAAAAAGCAUUGGAUGCACCCCGCUUUAGAACGCACAGAAAUUGAAGCAGAUGGAUUUUGUGGGACCCUUUUUAAACCACCAGGAGAGGGACCGUUCCCGGCUGUCAUCGACAUAUCUGGAACUGGAGGAGGACUUCACGAGCAUAAGGGUUCCAUGUUAGCAUCCGAAGGAUUCGUUGUCCUAUGCGUCGCAUUUUUUCAAUACAAAAAUCUCGUCAAAAAACUAUCAGAUGUGGAAAUCGAAUACUUCGAGAAACCCAUAAAGUGGUUAAAACGUCAAACGUUCACCAACGACCGUUUAGGCCUCCAAGGGGUAUCAUUUGGUGGAACAAUUGCUUACAGACUGGCUUCGCGUUAUUCUCAGAUCAACGCCGUUGUUUCGAUCAAUGGACCGCACGUGCAGAAUAGCUUUAUUAACAUCAAAGAGUACGGGGAACUUCUUCCUCAACCGAGGUCACUCGUUUGGGCAAGUACCAGUCUGAACGACCAAAGCAGUGUUUGGACAGAUCCUAAACUCGGCUACUUCAUUAACGGUUUGAUGGUCUCCAGCCCAGUACUGCGACACAUUGAAUUAGAUGAAUCAGUGGAAAUCCCUUGGCGUCGCAUACCAGCAAGUACUUCAUUCCGACUGGUGGCGUCUAUUGAUGAUCUCGUAGCACCUUCAGUGUUCUGUUGUCGAUACGUUUCUCAACGUUUGAUAGAAGGAGGACACAAUUUUGAGGUUCAACUACUCAAUGGAGGGCAUAUCAUGGAACCGCCAUAUUUUCCGCACCAUGACAAAGUUAAUGCGAAGUUUCAAGGUGUCUUCUGUGGUUAUGGCGGUGAUAUUGUUUUACAUGGUAAGAGUCAGGAGCUGUCCUGGGUGCGUACUAUCGAGUUCUUCACAAGGACAUUAGGGAAGCCAGCGAAUAUGCCUGAAUGGAAGCGUUUACAACCUGAAUGCAUCAGGUGUAAUUUGUAG